AUAUUCUCCUUAUCCUAAAUUCUUAUUCAACUACCAACUACCACCCCCAACAACAACCUUAAUUCCAUCCAUUUCUAUUUGGAACAAUGGAAUCCCGUGCCUCCAAUUCCAAUUCUCCAUACCAUUACCACCACCACCACCCUCGUUUCAAACCAAGCCAACCUAUUUCAGACCGAAUAGUUCGUGCCCUCCGCCACCGCCUGCGCCUCCUCCACCGUUCUGGCUCCACCUUCUUCAUAUUAGGCGCCACCGGAAACGUGUACACGGUGACCUUAUCCUCCUCACCCUCAUGCACCUGCCCUGACCGCACAACCCCAUGCAAGCACAUUCUAUUCGUUUUCAUUCGAGUUUUGGGCGUGUCACUCGAUGAUGUCUGUCUGAGGAGGAGGACCCUUCGUCCCUGCCAGCUCCAACGCCUCCUCGGAGCGCCUACAUUGCCGGAGGUGGUGGCGGGGGGCACCCUGAGGCAGAGGUUUCACCAGCUGUUCUUUGGUGGAGGGUCAACAGCAGGGCCAAAGAUAGAGAUGGAGGAGGGUGCCACUUGCCCGGUUUGCCUUGAGGAAAUGGGGAAGGAGCAAAACCUGGUGGCAUGUGGAACAUGCCGUAACCCUAUCCAUGAAGAGUGCUUGAUAAAGUGGAAGAGAACCAAGGGAAGAAGUGCUAGUUGUGUGAUUUGUAGAGCAAGGUGGAGGGAUAGGGUGGAGCAAGAUGAGUAUCUGAACCUGUCUGCUUAUGUUGGCGAAGAUGAUAUGGAAGAACCUGAUGUCUGCACUUGUUAAGUUUCAUGUGCUGAAGAAUCAAAAUCAAAGUUAACUAAAUGUUUCGUAUGUGUGUAAAGAAGGGGUCCAGAAACUGUUUACGUUGCAAUUAGUCAGAAGACAAAAGAACAUUUGUGCUGUCGUCUAUGUACGUAGUUGUGUUGCUUGUUUUGUUGCCACAUUUAUUUGUGGUUCCUUAAACCUUUUACUUUUAUCUGCUGCAUGAGCGGUGCAACACAAACUUUGUGGAAUCACUUGAAUGAGCUAGACUUUUAUAAACUGAAUAUAACCGCGCGAAUAUGCUCAUGAUUAA